CACAAACUGUGCAACCAAACUAGCUGAAACUUGAAAGCAAGAGAUCAGAAAGAGAGAAACAGAUCGAGUUGAGAUCAGCAGCAGAUAUGGAUACUGCAGGAAAGAGAAUCAGAGUUGUAAUGCUGCCAUGGUUGGCUCAUGGCCACACAUCGCCAUUCCUGGAGCUUUCCAAGAAGCUUGUUAAGAGAAACUUUCACAUUUACUUCUGUUCCACGCCCGUCAACCUCAGUUCCAUCAAGCCAGAACUAUCUGGGAAGUAUUCUCGCUCGAUACAGCUCGUUGAGCUCCAUCUUCCAUCCCUGCCGGAGCUUCCUCCUCAAUACCACACAACCAAAGGUCUCCCGCCCCACCUCAAUGCCACCCUCAAAAGGGCAUUUGACAUGGCUGGCACUCGCUUCUCCAACAUCCUGAAGACCCUCAGCCCUGAUCUGCUUAUCUAUGAUUUUCUUCAGCCUUGGGCCCCGGCAAUAGCUGCCUCCCAGAAUAUCCCGGCUAUCAACUUCUUAAGUACCGGAGCGGCCAUGACUUCUUUUGUGCUCCAUGCUGUGAAGAAACCAGGUGAUGAAUUUCCUUUCCCAGAGAUUCAUCUUGAUGAGUGUAUGACAACAAGAUUCGUCGACUUGCCUGAAGAUCAUUCUCCGAGCUGUGAUGAUCAUCAUCACCACAUUAGUGACAAAGAUCGAGCUCUUAAAUGUUUCGAGCGAUCUUCUGGUUUCGUAAUGAUGAAGACUUUCGAAGAACUCGAGGGGAAGUACAUAAAUUUCCUCUCCCAUUUAAUGCAAAAGAAGAUUGUACCAGUUGGUCCACUCAUUAAAAAUCCCGUCCGUGCAGAUCAUGAGAAAGCCAAAACCCUUGAGUGGCUGGACAAGAGAAAACAAUCUUCAACAGUGUUUGUUUCGUUUGGAACUGAGUAUUUUCUGUCAAAGGAAGAAAUGGAAGAGAUAGCGUAUGGUCUCGAGCUCAGUAACGUGAACUUCAUAUGGGUAGUCAGGUUUCCCGAGGAAGAGAAAGUUAAGCUCGAAGAGGCAUUACCAGAGGGGUUUCUGCAAAGGGUAGGAGAGAAAGGAAUGGUGGUUGAAGGUUGGGCACCUCAAGCAAAGAUACUGAUGCAUCCUAGCAUCGGUGGUUUUGUUAGUCACUGUGGAUGGAGUUCUGUGAUGGAAAGCAUAGAUUUUGGAGUGCCAAUUGUUGCCAUUCCCAUGCAACUUGAUCAACCAGUGAACGCUAAAGUAGUGGAGGAAGCUGGUGUAGGUGUGGAGAUUAAGAGAGACAGAGAUGGGAAGCUUGAGAGAGAAGAGGUUGCAACAGCUAUAAGAGAAGUGGUGAUGGGGAAUAUUGGAGAGAAUGUAAGGAAGAAGGAAAGAGAAAUGAGAGAUAAAAUCAGAAAGAAAGGAGAGGAGAAAAUGGAUGGAGUUGCUCAGGAGCUGGUCCAGUUAUCUGGAAAUGGAAUAAAAAAUGUGUAAAUAGUUAGGUCCAGUACUACUGUUCUUGGUGUAUACUCUAUCAGUAUCAUGAGAAUAAAAACUCGUGCACCAAUGUAUUACAUGAUAAUAUUGGUGCAUAUUGAUGUUUAAUUUACACGCUUUUGUAUGAUAUAAAAAAGCAGUCCCUAAUUUUCC